AUGAAGUUCCUUCCACUGAUCCUCUGCCUGCAGCUCACAGCUUUGGGGCUUGCUACUCCAACUAGCAACACAAGUUCAGAAGACAGCAACACGGAAAUGGCACAAAGGUACUUGGAAACCUUUUAUGACCUCAAGAUCGUGAGAUCUCCAACACCAAAAAUACAAGACAAUAUGAACAACAUGGAGAACAAAAUCCAGGAAAUGCAAAAGUUCUUGGGGCUAAAAGUGACGGGGCAACUGGAUGUAUCAACUAUGGACAUGAUGCACACACCUCGGUGUGGUGUGCCUGACGUCCAUCAUUUCCGGACACUGCCUAGAAGGCCUGUAUGGAGAAAGCGUGACAUCUCCUAUAGAAUCAAUAAUUACACCCCUGACCUGAGUCGUGAGGAUGUUGACUAUGCUAUCCAAAAGGCUUUCCAAGUCUGGAGUGAAGUGACUCCUCUAAAGUUCAGAAAAAUCAAUGAUGGGGUGGCCGACAUUAUGAUACACUUUGCAUUCAGAGAACAUGGAGACUUCGACCCUUUUGACGGUCGAGGUGGAGUCAUCGCCCAUGCUUUUGGGCCUGGAUAUGGUAUGGGAGGAGAUGCGCACUUUGACGAGGAUGAAAUCUGGACUAAAAGCUCCAAAGGUAUAAACCUGUUCUUGGUGGCUGUUCACGAGUUCGGUCAUUCCUUGGGUCUUGACCAUUCUAAUGACCCAAAGUCUAUAAUGUUCCCCACCUACAGCUAUGUUGAUACCAACACAUUCCGCCUCUCUGCUGAUGACAUACGAGGUAUUCAGUCUCUUUAUGGUGGCCCGGAAACAUCUCAACUGAAGCCCCCUUACCCGGAUAUAUACUCACCGAGAUGUGGCCCCAAUUUGAGUUACGAUGCUGUCAGUACCGUGGGGGAUAAAAUCUUUUACUUCAAAGGCAGACAAUUCUUCUGGAGAUUUAUUGGGAAUCCAAGAAGAAAAGUAAGUUCCAUUUCUUCUUUAUUGCCAAAUUUAUCCACUGGUAUUGAAGCCGCUUACGAAAUUGGAGUCAAAAAUCAACUUUUCCUUUUUAAAGAUGACAAGUUCUGGGCCCUCCAGAACCUCAGGCCACAGCCAGGCUACCCCAAGAGCAUUCAUUCUUUGGGUUUCCCUAACUCUGUGAGAAAAAUUGAUGCAGCUGUUUUUAAUCCAUUUUUAAAUACAACUUUAUUCUUUGUAGAAAACCAAAUUUGGAGGUAUGAUGAGAGUACACAACGCAUGGACUUUGGUUUUCCCAGAGCAAUAUCUAAAUACUUCCCAGGAAUUGGCCCGAAAGUCGAUGCAGUCUAUUACCACAACAAACUCUUCUACUUCUUCCAAGAUACUAACUUGUUUGUAUAUGAUAUUCGAUACGACCGUGUCACCAAAAGACUGAAAAGCAACAGCGAGUUUGGUUGUUAG